AUGGAUCUCCCUCCUGGCUUAAGGACUUUUUAUAUUGCUUCAUUUAAAUCACUGAGUGAUGAAGAAAACCUGAAGCUGUUUGGGAAAUGCAACAAUCCAAAUGGCCAUGGGCACAACUAUAAAGUUAUAGUCACUGUGCGUGGAGAGAUUGACCCAGUCUCAGGAAUGGUUAUAAACCUGACAGACCUGAAAGAAUAUAUGCAGGAGGCAAUCAUGGAACCGCUUGACCACAAAAACCUUGAUAAGGAUGUGCCAUACUUUGCUGAGGUUGUGAGCACCACAGAGAACGUUGCAGUAUUCAUCUGGGAAAACCUCAAGAAGCUCCUGCCCAUGGGAACUCUUUAUAAAGUCAAAGUGUACGAAACAGACCAGAACAUUGUCGUUUAUAAAGGAGAAGAAACAAUCUCUGAGAAGUGAAAUGAGCUUAAGCUCAAUUGGUCCGAAACUCUGCUGCAUAAUGAGAUUGGUGGAUUACUUCAACCCUGCUGACUGUAUUUCCUACACCUAGACAUUGGUUAUGUAUUACAUAAGGACAAAUACAGAUGUUUCACAAGAAUUCUUGCAGCGAUCUAGUAAUUCGGAUUCUCGGAAUUUGUUGAUUUGUCUGCUUUUUCUCAAGACAUUCCUGCUUUGCAAACCCAAACCACCAAGCUGAUGUGAAAUUUACAGUUGUGCCAUGUUAAAUAAAGCAGCUUUCUAGAGAGGAGGCAGCCUGGCAAAAUGUAUGUCCUGUCCAGUCACAAAAGGCUUUGAUUUUUCUCUGAUUAAACAUUGGAUUCAUUUAUGAUUUUUAAUAACCUGGGCUUUGGUGUUGUUUUGGUUCUUGAUCAAAUAGAGAAACAUUCUUGAGAAUGAGAAC